AAAUGACAGUUGAAUUGACAUAAGGAUAACCUAUAAAUUUCCCGUAUCGAAUCUGAUACAAAGUAUAACAAAUUAAGACGUUAAUUAUACAAUAAAAAACCAGUCAUGAGCGAUUUGUCUGACUUUGGAAGUUCGAAGGCUGGAGACUCUGAACUCCAAGAUUUUCUCAUGGUAGAAAAACAGAAAGCUCAGUUCCAUGCUCAGAUACACGAGUUCAACGACUUCUGUUGGGAGAAGUGCGUGGACAAGCCAGGUGCCAAACUGGACAGCCGUACAGAGACUUGCAUCACCAACUGUGUGGAGCGCUUUAUUGACGUAUCUCUCCUCAUCACGAACAGAUUUGCCCAGAUGCUGGAGAAGGGAGGCGGCAUGCACUGACCUACUUCUGAAAUUUAGUCAUAAAUUCACAACAUUAAUAAUGUAGUUUAGGUCUUGAGAUGAUGUAACAUGUUGAAAAACGUUUGUUAUAGUUAAAUAUUGAUUUCUUGUAAUCUGACUUUUGCCAUAAUUUUUAAUGUACUUAGUCAAUGGUAUAUUUUAUGGCAUUCUCAGAUUCUGCAUUUAUAGAGGUUUAUGGAAUUAACCUUGAGUGCUGUCAAAACAUUGUAUACAUGCAUUAAAGAAUGAUACUCUUCUUAAAUGUACUUGAAACCACUCUAGAGUCAAACCAAGAUAAAUUGGCAGCGGUUUUGAUAGCCAUAACAGUGCAAGUGUUAUACUAAAUGUCAAACAUCUAUGAAAUUAUUAUUAUUUUACUGAACCUUUUGAACGCCACGCCUAUCGCACGCGGCGCGUAAUCGUGAACCUUGUCAUGCAUGCAUGCAUGAAGGUUGAUAUUGGGCUGUAGCCGCGCGCGUCAUAUGACGUCUUUGGCGGUCAAACGGUUAACUCUUGUACAGGCUGGGCUAUCAAAACCGCUGCCAACUUAGCUUGGUCGACUGUAGGUACAAUUGGCAGCAGAAGCUAAACUAUGGCUACUGCCACCACCUGUAUUCCAUUGCAUUACCUACGCUUGGUACACUUGAAUAUACCUGUUACCAUCACUUAUGGUAUAAUUAAAUAAAACAUUAAUAUCUUA